AUGGGCCGACCACCCAAGAAAAGGACACGGGCAGACGACGAGGGGCCUGACUUCCCAGCGCAUUCUGAGGCUGACAUCUGGCCCAGUCUAGGGGACUCGCAACAGCCUUCCACAAUGAGCCCCACCACAGCCAUCUUCCCAGAUACUGAUCAUCUUUGCCCGGUGCUUUACUGGCGACCUGGUACGAGCACGAACUCGCCACACGCCCAGCCCGCAGACCUAUUAUCGGGCUACGAUGACCACAACCACAGCUGGCGACCAGAGCAACUGAAACAACCAAGUGUUCCUGUAUUCCCAACAUCAAGUCCUUGGCCUGAUUUCUCAACCGUCUCCGAGGCCACGGCCAUGCCAAUGCCAUUUCCCAGCCCUACAAGUUUCCCUCCCAUGGGCUCCCUUCCGCUAUCCCCUUCUACUUCCGUCUCCUCUGAUUCUCCAGCAUCUAGCUGUACUUGUCUAUCAUAUCUAUAUCUCUGUCUCAGCCACAUGACGUCCAUUUCCUCCUUUCCUGUCAGUGACCACACUCUAUGCUCCCUAUAUAUCGCUGCACGAACAGCACGAGACGUGAUCCGCUGCCAAAUCUGUCCUAAAGCCUUUGCAACGGGCGUUCAAAAUGUCAUGUUCAUAGGAACUCUUUUAACCGUCGCCGCGGAUGCUUGGCUGCGCGUUUCUAAGACCGAUGCCACCCAAUUAGGAUUGCAGUCCGCGCCAGCAGAUUACAUUGCUCGGGUACUCCAAAGCCCCGAUCCAGCACAAACCUGGAAAAUAUGGCUUCACCAAGUUGUUCGACGCGCUGUCGUUGGUGGCUAUCUAGACCCAGAUUCUGCAGUUACUUGUUCCGAGCAGCAGUCAGAUCUAUUGUCUAUGAUCAUGGAAAUUGAGAACCGGCAACGCCGCUGGCAUGAACCUGGGCAACAUCCGACCCAAAAAUACAGCCCACCAUCCCAGGCAGAUCAGCCACAGGACCAAGAUGAAACCAAUGAUGGAAACGAGUAUUUAUGCCUUCGUGUGGUUGGAAGUGCCAGAAAUGUGAUCACAAAAUUCAAUUUUGCACCUGAUGAUUAUGCUGAGGGUGUCGAGCCAGUCAAUAACAAUGAUCAGGGUGCAGAAGGCUACAGGUAA